GAAUCUUAUUGGUUGCAAUGGGACAAGAUUCAGUGAAACAUUUCUAUCCACUUGCUUGGGCAGUGGUGGACAGAGAGACAUCUAGAACAUGGAAAUGGUUUAUUGAGUUACUGAUAAAUUCUCUAGACCUGGCAGAUGGUGAAGGUGUAACAUUCAUGUCUGAUAUGCAUAAGGGGCUACUGGAUGCUGUUAGUCAGGUAUUUCCUAAAGCACAUCAUAGAUGGUGUGCAAGGCACAUAGAAGCUAAUUGGAGCAAGGCUUGGAAAGGUGUACAGAUGAAGAAGUUAUUGUGGUGGUCUGCCUGGUGCACCUAUGAAGAAGAAUUUCAUGAUCAAUUGAAAGUCAUGGGUGAUGUGUCUAAACAAGCUGCAAAGGAUUUGAUAUGGUACCCUGCACAAAACUGGUGCAGGGCUUAUUUUGACACAGUCUGCAAAAAUCACUCAUGUGAGAAUAAUUUUACAGAGUCAUUCAACAAAUGGAUUCUAGAAGCAAGGGCAAAACCUAUAAUCAAGAUGUUAGAAAAUAUUAGAAUCAAGCUUCAAAGAUCAAAACAACCAGCCCAAGAUGUGCCAGUGUCAGCAUCCAAAGCCAGCCAAGAAGAAUCUGGUAGUGUCUUCAUGCCUACUCCUGACUUUAUUGUUUCUUCAAGUCAACAGAGUAGCCAACCUGCUGGUCCUUCAAAGUCAAAGAGAAAAAUAGUUGCUGAUGAAUCUGAGUAUGAGCAACAUGUUGCACCUUCAAGUGUAGUUGCUGAUGAGGAUGGAGGUGAGCAUGAAAGUGAAAACGAGCAGACAAUUCUAAGGCCGAAGGCAAUUUCUGAAGCUAGGACUAGGCUUCAAGCUAAAAAGAUACAAAUUCGAUCAACUGGUACCAGGAGGAUUGGCUUCAAAGGAGAUGACAAUGGUGUGAGCAUUCCAACUAAUCUGUCAUACUCACCAAGAAAAUUGGCAUGGAAAGGAAAAAAAGCUAUGACUUCAAAUCAGUUGACAGUUGAAAAGGAGACAAGAAUUGGCAAAUUGAAGGCAAAGAAAGGAAAAGAAGCUACGACUUCAGAUCAGUUGACAAUUGAAAAGGAGAAAAGAAUUGGCAAAUUGAAGCAAAGAGUGGUGGGAAGAAGUAGUUGCAUUAUGAAGUUGUUUUUUGUUUUCCAGUGUUAUGUAAUGGCAUGAUGAAACUUAAUAUAUUGACUUUUUUUAUGUUACUCCAUCUUGAACAAGUGUCUGUAAGUUUUUGUGGGUUGAAAAUAUAUGACAAUGUCAUUACUACUUA